AUGUCGGAUCCUCCGGCGAAGAAACCGUGUCUGGGGGGCACCAAGGAUCCCAGCGUGAAGAUCCCAGAGGUGCCAAAGGGAAGGCUCAUCCUGACACACAUCGGCACGCUGGCCACGGGCGACGAAACCCUAGGCGACAUUGAUGAUGCCGCCAUCGUUAUCAAAGAGAACGUCAUCGAAUGGGUUGGGGAAACGAAAAAGCUUCCGAAAGAACUGGCGGAUGCUGCUGAUCGAGGCACACGGGACUGCUCGCACAUCCUGAUUGCCACGGCUGGGUUCAUCAACACACACCACCAUUUCUAUCAGACCAUCACCCGGGGCGUCGCCCCAGCCAAUGAGUUGUUUGGCUGGCUUACCACACUCUACGGUAUUUGGCAGUGCAUGACGCCCUCGCAGCUCAAGGCCGCCUGUCAAGCAACAGCGUGCGAGCUCAUUCUGUCCGGCUGUACGCUGGCAUCCGAUCAUGCGUAUGUUUGGCCGAAUGGAUGUCGCCUCGACGAUGAGAUCGCCGCGGUGUUGGACACUGGAUUGCGCUUUCACCCCGUCCGUGGAUCCAUGUCUCUGGGAAAAUCCCAGGGCGGACUACCGCCCGAUGAGUGUGUUGAAAAGGAGGACGAGAUCAUGGUGGAAUGCCGUCGGCUCAUUGAGACGUAUCAUGACACCUCUAAGUUCAGCAUGCUCCGAAUUGCUCUUGGGCCAUGCUCACCCUUUUCAGUUACCAAGGAGCUCAUGCUAAAGUCCGCCAGGUUGGCUCGCGAAUAUGAGAAGGUCCUUCUCCACACACACCUCGCAGAAAACACCAACGACAUUGAUUUUUCUCUCUCAAAGUACGGUGAACGGCCCAACGAAUUUAUAGCCUCCGUGGAAUGGGACCGCAGUGACUGCUGGUUUGCGCAUGGUGUACAACUUAACGAUGCAGACCUCAAAGUCUUUGCCGAGCGGCAAUGUGGCGUAGCCCAUUGUCCCAGCUCCAACCUGCGCUUGGCAUCGGGCAUUGCGCCCAUCCGCAAGCUCUUGGACAGCAAUGUGCCGGUGGGCUUAGCCUGUGAUGGGUCAGCCUCCAAUGAUCACAGCAACUUGUUGUCCGAGGGCCGAUUGGCCAUGAUGAUUUCACGGGUCCGCGACUUCCGCCAAGCCACCAACGAAAAGGGAACUAAUGCAGUACCCGGAGAUCCCACCGCGCUCUCUCCCAAACAGGCCUUGUAUUUGGCCACUGUCGGGGGUGCCCGUUGUCUUAAUCGUGAGGAUGAGCUCGGAAAGGUGGCACCUGGGUAUGCAGCCGACAUUGUGGGAUGGAGCGACCACGGGGAUUCUUCGACCGCCUUGUCCUUGGUGGGCUGUGCUCAAGAUCCCCUAUCGGGCCUUCUCGUUACCAGCCCAGCUAGCGUCACCUUCUCCAUCAUCAACGGUGACCCUGUCGUGUGGGAUGGCAAGUUCAUCAAGGUGAGCCUAGCUGAAGUCAUUGCGAAUGCCAAGAAAGCAUCUAAGGACCUUUUGGCCACCGCCGGAUAUACACAACGUGCCACCAAUUGA